AUGGCGGUCAUCCAGCAGAUGGGCUUAGGGACGAAGAGCAACAAAUCAGCCAGAUCGUUGAUCGGUUUUAAUGGUGCAACAACGGUGACCGUAGGCACGAUAGACCUCGAUGUCUACUUCCCACCUUUAAUCAGCUCACAGACAUUCAUGGUCAUUAAUAAGGUCUCACCCUACAAUGGCAUUCUAGGCAGACCAUGGAUCGGCAAGAUCAAUGCCAUCACUUCCGCCACACAUAAGAAAAUCCCCUACCCAGUCCCUGGGGCGGUGUUGGCCAGAUUAAUAGCGAUCAAGUAA